GCCAUCAACGGCUGCUGAAGAGUGGAGAGUGCUUCUUAGAGACGAGUGUAUCCGGUUUGAGCGCGAUCUUGAUUAACAGUGUGUUCGGGUGUAAUAACAGUAUCGUUUGAUUAUCACGCGCGAGCCUGCUUCGAUCGCGAGUGAGUGGAGUGAAUAAGGAAGAGUGAUUCGUUCGCGAGUGAAUCGAACGCGAUCCAAGUGACCGGCGAGAGUGCGUGGUGAUCGUCUCGCAAGUGAUUUAGAUCCUGUCAAAGUGGCCGCGGAAAAGAAGGACACUGGUGCAGGUGCCGCCAGUCCCCGGAAAACGCCACCACGGAGGCCAUCCGUUCCGGAAUCGUCCCCGCAAACGCCACCGUCGGUUCCCGCCAGCCUGGGUGGUGACGCGAUGUCUCCGACGGCGGUCGCAGCUGGCGCGGUCAAUCCGCCGCCGGGAAUGCUCAACUGGGCGCCGAUUCUGUUUCCCUCGGCCUGGAACCACCCGGCGCUGCUGCCCGCGUUCUAUCCGGCCGCGCUCCGGUCCCUGCCCGGAUUCCUGGACAACAUGAAGCUACCAAACUCGCAGCGUUCCUCCUCCCACCACAACAACAACAACUCCGGCUCGGGCUUCCACAUCAGCGACAUCCUGGGCCACAAACAGCAGGACAAACCCCGCAAACCGACCACCGAGGUGGUGGACGACGAAAGUACCGGCGACGAGGGCGUCAUUCCGGUGACGGUCCGGCACCACAAUGCCUCCGCCGGCGCCACCGACGCGGACAGUAACCAUGGCAACAUAACGCCCGCCAACAGCGACGACGACAGCAGCAGCCACAGCCGGAACGGCGCCAAGGUGCUGGACGCGAAGCGUUCGCUGGCCGAAGAUCUGCACGCGCGCUUCACCGCCUACCAUCCGCACCACCAUCCGCUCUUCCCGGCCGCGGCGCGGCCCUGGCUGUACGAAACGUGCAAUAACCUUACUGCAUCCCAACAACAGCAGCAUCAGCAGCGGCUAGCGCAGCAGAUUUCGCCGGACAGCACUUCACCGGUGCACUCGGAGCGGUCCUAUCUGGGCGGUCCGGGAGGCAAUGGGGGCCAGUGUCCGCGGACGCCAAGCCCGGCGGAUAGCCACUUGAACGCGGAUGGCAACACUGAACACUCGGACGAUGUGGACAUCGAAGAAGGCUGCGACGAGAUCGAUAUGCUGGAAGACACGGACGACGGUCCGGCGGAUCGGUUGACGAACGGGUUGGGUGGCCACAAGAAGCGAAAACGGCGGGUUCUGUUUUCGAAGGCACAAACGUACGAGCUGGAGCGUCGGUUCCGGCAGCAGCGCUACCUGUCCGCUCCGGAGCGGGAACAUUUGGCCUCGCUGAUCCGGCUGACGCCGACGCAGGUCAAGAUCUGGUUCCAGAACCAUCGCUACAAGACGAAACGGGCCGCGCACGAGAAGGGCUCGAUGGACGUGGGAUCGCACCAGGGCGGAGGACUUCCGUCGCCCCGGCGGGUUGCCGUUCCGGUGCUGGUCCGCGAUGGAAAGCCCUGCCUGGGGGGGAGCAAACCCCACGACAUGAUGGCCGCGGCCGUUCAGCAGGCCCACCUGGCACUGCCGCCGGGCUUUCAACAUGCCAGCUUGCUGCACCACGCGGCGGCCACCGGCCGGUGGUGGCCCUGAAUCCGGAACGCCCCGGCCAUUUGUACAUAGUCGUAGUUCAAUUCGCCGUCGUCUUCGUCGUCCAGUCAUCGGAUCCGUGUUACGUGUAAUCACAGAUUUUAGCGAAAGUCCGCAGUUAGUCUUAGGCCGAACAAAGCAAAAGAGUCUAUUUAAUUAUAUGUAUUUAGUUAAUUUAUAAGAUUUUAUUAAAAUCAGGAUUUCAUUUCAACCAAAAAAUAAGAAACGCUGGCAGCACUGCCCAACGCCUA